GCUUCGCUCCAUUAAAUUCAGUCGAAUGCGGAACGGACGACGCUCCGAAUGUUUGGACGCUUGGACCACUUUCGAGUCCAGCGAACUCUGGUCGAGUUUCCAAAAGGAAAUCCAUUUUACGAACGCGGCAUGACAGCUUCGCCGCUGCUGACCUGAGGUCGGGAGGUCGGGAGGUCGGAGGUCGUCCACGAAGAAUGCGGCGACGCGGCGUCCACGUGUAACGAGCGGAGUUACGAAGAAAAAAGACGGCGCCAUGAAGGAGAAAUCCAAAAACGCUGCCCGGACUCGACGCGAAAAGGAGAACGGUGAAUUUUCCGAGCUGGCCAAACUGUUGCCGCUCCCGUCGGCCAUCACGUCGCAGCUGGACAAAGCCUCCAUCAUCCGCUUGGCCACGAGCCACCUGAAAAUGAGGAGGGUCUUCCCUCGAGGCCUCGGCGAGUCGUGGGGCCGAGUGAGCCGCAGCUCUCCGGAUGCUCUCAGCCAGGAAUUAGGUUCCCACCUCCUGCAGACGUUGGAUGGCUUUAUUUUUGUGGUUGCUCCAGAUGGGAAAAUAAUGUACAUAUCAGAAACAGCCUCGGUCCAUUUGGGUCUGUCUCAGGUGGAGUUGACGGGAAACAGCAUAUUUGAAUACAUUCAUCCUGCGGACCACGAUGAAAUGACAGCUGUCCUCGCAGCGCACCAGCCUUUCCAUUCGCACUUUGUGCAAGAAUAUGAAAUGGAGCGCUCGUUCUUUCUGAGAAUGAAAUGUGUCCUCGCAAAAAGAAAUGCUGGGCUCACGUGUGGCGGUUACAAGGUGAUCCACUGCAGUGGCUACUUGAAAAUCCGCCAGUACAGUCUGGACAUGUCCCCAUUUGACGGGUGCUAUCAGAACGUCGGGCUGGUGGCUGUCGGUCACUCGUUGCCACCCAGUGCGGUCACGGAGAUCAAACUGCAUAGCAACAUGUUCAUGUUUCGAGCCAGUCUGGACAUGAAGCUCAUCUUCCUCGACUCACGUGUUGCAGAACUUACAGGCUAUGAGCCACAAGAUCUAAUCGAGAAGACCCUCUAUCAUCAUGUCCACAGCUGUGACUCCUUCCAUCUGCGCUGUGCGCAUCAUUUGUUGCUUUUGAAAGGGCAAGUCACCACUCGGUACUACCGUUUCUUGGCCAAACGUGGUGGCUGGGUGUGGGUUCAGAGUUACGCAACCGUCGUACACAACAGUCGCUCGUCCCGACCUCACUGCAUUGUCAGUGUCAACUACGUUCUCACGGAGACGGAGUACAAAGGCUUCCAGUUCUCUCUGGAUCAGGUCAUGUCCGAGGUCUCCUUCACUUCCUUCAGCAGCAACACAGCAAGCAGCCUUACAGAGAUAGGCAGAGCCACCAAAAGCAGAGUAUCCCGCCCCAAAACCAAAGCUAGACUUUCACCAUACCGUCAGUGUCCAAGUUUUCAGACAGAGCGGUCAGACUCAGGUCAGGAUGGUCCCUGGAGGGGAAGCCCACUUACUGGCACGGCCACCCCACAGAUGCUGGAGACAAAUGAAGGCAUGGACACCUCCUACGCGUACAAGCGGUUCACUGAUCCCGAUCCUCUGUGCUACAGUGCGUCUGAAGAGCAGCGUCGUACCGGUGACGGCCACAAACACGUCCGUGUGCAUGCUCGAGGUCAAAGCUGCGAGCGGGGUCGAUGUAAGGCUGGGCGAUAUUUCCUCGGAGUGCCUCCUCCCAGCAGCGACACGUGGUGGAGUAAAACAAGGGCAAUCUUGCCCCUGAGCAAAGGCUCUGUGGAGAACCAUGAAGGCUAUGACCGCAGCAUGCCACAGAUCACGGCAGUCCCCAGCUACGACCGUCUGAGUCAUUGGGAUGAAGACAGUGUGUUGAGCUCUCCAGAGAGAGGCUCCACCAGCGACGCAGGAAAUCUCCAGCGAACCGAACAGUUCAGAUUCAGCCCAAAGGAACCCAGUAAGAUGGACACACUUACACGAGCAACACAUCAUAUGAUCAAGGAGGAAGAAAGUCGACUUCAACUACAAAAGGGUCAUCCGAACACUGCUCCGGGGCAGGUCAAUGGACUGUUAAACAGCGCCGGUCUCUGCUGUACCUCAGAGUAUAGUCAAAGGCCAAUACAGGCCGUGGUGUGUCACGGUUUGAGUCACGUGAUUAGCCCGGUGCGCAGCCCCGCCCACUUGUCGAGGCUCAGCCCAGCGUGCGAAACCCUCAGCAAGUCCAAAGACUACCCCCAGACAGACCUGAGCCCACGUUCUUUCCAAUUACAUUACCCGUGUGGUCGACCGGGCCCGGCUUCAGAUUCUCCCGCCCCGGCCCCAGCUCUGUACCCGCCGCACACCCACUUUAGGCCAUACUUGGAAAAGCAUCCGUCUUACCCCCUGACAGGCUAUGCUCUCGAUCACCUCUACGACCAAGAGAGUCUCCGAGCCUACUGCGCUCCAGCCGACACGGAUUUGACCCCUCGCCUCCACACGCCAGCGGAACAGACACCCGGACACAAAGGCACCUCUGUCAUUAUCACCAAUGGCAGCUAACGCUCAUUUUCCCCACAGACUGGGACUGACGGCACUAACCCCCGUGACUGGCUGGUUAGCCCCCAUAAAGUAUUGCUAUUUUGAUUCAGGCUCCUCUAUGCUUAUCAUGCUGACGUUCUCUGAGAAUGACUUCUCAGUACUUUAGAGUUAAAGUUUAGAACACGUACCCUCUGUUUUUUCCUAAUCUUAAGAUUUAAGCAGUAAUAAUAAUGAUGAUGAUGAUGAUAAUAAUAUGCUGAUAACAAGAUCUCAUUUCUGACUGGUAGACUGCACACCGAGCGCCACUGAAUUAUGUGGGUUUCUGAAACUAGCCGACUGCCUACAACUAGUUUUGCUUUGAUUCGGAAAUGGAACUGCACGGUAACAGCUUUUUUGGCAUU